AUGAAUGAGGAAUUCAGAAAGGAUCAAGAAGGAGAGAAAUGGCGAACGAGGCGAAAACUUCCUCACUCCCUCGUUCCACUUCAAAGUGUUAAACGAUUUCCAGGCUGUGCACGACAGACAAGCGAAGAUUAUUCAUUAAUCAAGUUGGAAAGGAUUGCCAAAAAUGGCGAAGAGUUUGACAUUUUUCCCAUUCGUCAAGCGAGACGGCUAUGGGCUGCCACAUUUCCUCACAAGAGAACCAUAAACACCCCUACGUAG